ACUAUAUAAAGCUCACCAAUUAGCUUAAUUUUCAUCUAGUAUCGAAUUGCAAUUUCAACAGCCAACUAGUGACUUAGGAAGAAGCUUCCGACUCCGGAAUUCUAACCAAAACAUCAAGAUGUUCAAGCUGAUACUCAUAUCCACUCUGCUCGUGGCUGCCUAUUGUAUGCCUGCCGAGAAGGAAAAGUCUGACGAACUAUUACAGUCGGAAACCUCGUGGAACGCUGCUGGCUGGAACAAUCCGGCAAACCCGAAUGCCGCUUGGGGAGGCAACAGCUGGAACCGGUGGAACAACCCGAAUGCCCCGAAUGCCGAUCCCCGCUGGAACCGAUGGGGAGCUGACCCAUGGAGCCGCCAGUGGGGAGGAGCCAACCCCGGAUGGAACCAGUGGAACCGUGCCGGUGCUUGGCCCGGUGCCGGAGCCGGAGCUGCUGCCCGCGGCUGGAACCCUUGGUAAACGGGGAUUAGAGUGGGAGAUGUCGAUACACCAGAUUUGAGAUGUUGACAAAAGGCUUCGAUUUUUUGCUGUACAGAGUAUAAAGUUUUUGGAUAAUAAAAAUAAAUUCCACUUUUGUAGCGCCUUAAUGCUGAUUA